CGUUUUACUUUAGUGUUUUUUUUAUUAUUUUUGUUUUCUAAUUAAGUGGACAAUUUUUAAUUGCUAUGGAGGAGCACGGAGAGAGUAAGGAGCGGGUGCAGAGGGCGCCCUUCGAGACCGCGCUGCAUCAUGCCGGCUACGGGUGUUUCCAAUGGCUGCUCCUCAUGUCCUGCGGGGCCAUAUACGCGGUGUGCGCGCUCAGUACCACCACCCUCAGCUUCGUGCUGCCAGCUGCGGAGUACGACUUCCACCUGUCCUCCAGUGACAAGGGCAGGCUAACUGCCACGCCGCUUAUUGGUAUGUGUGUAGGAUCCUACUUCUGGGGCAACCUGGCAGACGCGAGAGGUCGCAAGAAGGCCAUCAUUGGAGCCCUGCUGCUGGACGCGCUGGCUGCCUUCCUCUCCAGCGUGGUGCAGUCAUUCCCAGCCUUCUUGGCUUGCAGGUUUUUCUCUGGCUUCGGCAUCAUUGGGGCCACGGGGCUCGUGUUUCCUUACUUCGGGGACUUCCUCUCCCUCAGGCAUCGGGAUGUCAUGCUGUGCAGGCUCGAAGUGUUCUGGACAUUCGGCACCAUAUUGUUGCCAGGUAUCGCAUUCCUCAUCAUCCCGGACCCCAGGUUCAACCUGACGGCUUUAGGAGCAGAUUUCCAGUACACCUCGUGGAGAGUGUUCGUGGCAGCUUGUGGUAUUCCCAGUCUGCUGGUGGUGCUGCUCCUCAUCCCCUUCCCUGAGAGUCCCAGAUACCUGCUAUACGCCAACAGAGCUGAGCAGGCCCUGCAAGUGCUGCAGAGGAUAUUCGUUGUCAACACCAAGCUCAGUGAGAAGGAUUUCCCUGUAGAGUCAAUGAUAAGUGCCUAUGAAGGCGAAGAGGAGGAAGUGGUAUCAGCAGACAAUAAUGGGAAUGAGACCAAAGCCCCGCUAACGUGGGCACAGAGGUGGGACGCCUUCUGGGUGAGGAAGAAGAUGCUGGUGACGCCACCCUACAUUGGCCUGCUCAUCCUCUGCUGCUUCGUCGAUUUUGGACUUAUGUUCAGCUACUAUACAUUGAUGAUGUGGUUCCCGGACCUGUUCGAGAGGUUCAGCCAGUUUUCAUCGCUGUACCCUGACGUAUCUGCUGGAGUCUGUGAGGUCUCUCUAGCUCUUGCCAAUGAUACUGCUGAGUUGACUGUGAUAAUGAUGUUGAUCAGUUCCGGGCUAGCAGCUCUGGGUCUGAACCUGGUGAGAUCCUCACUGGAGAACCUGAUCCUCUCGUGUGUGUUCGAAGCCAUCGUCAGCUGCACAGAAGCUGUGCUGUUCUGUGUCAUCUGUGAGAUAUUUCCUACUAAAGUUGCUGCCACAGCCAUGGCGGUAACGGUGAUGUGUGGGCGGAUAGGUGCCAUAGUGGGCAACGUUAUCUUCGGCGCCCUAGUGGACGAGUACUGCAUAGUGCCUAUAUACAUGUUCGGAACGUUGCUUAUAAGGUCAGUUCUGACAUCCAUACCAUGGGGCUACAUAUCCAGUGUCCACGGCAGACACAAGGCUCUCCUGAUAGCUCUCUGGGGGAGUUUUGUAUUCUCCUUCAUCAGCUCCUUCUCUGUACACUGGAUCAUGCUGGCUGUGCUCAAGGUCUUCAGUGCUAGCUUAUAUUUUGUUAUUUUGUUCCGUACAGUGCCAGCCUACUUGAUACUCCAGUUUAACUUCUCAUACGACCUGAAUAUCCUCGUCUUCACACCCUGGAGGCUGUUGACCAUCACGCUUGCUGUGCCACUCGGCAUCAGCGCAUUCUUCCUACAUUUUUACUACGAGAGCCCCAAGUUCCUGGUGAAUGUCGGUCGUGAAGAACUGGCUCUGGAGUAUCUUGCCAAGGUGUGGGCGAGAAAUGGUCGAAAGGGUGAUUAUCCUAGUAUACCGCUGUUCAGGAAACCACUGCUCUGGAGGACAUUGCAACUCUUCUACUUGACAACCAUCGUUUAUAGCGUUAACAACAGCUUGGUAAUUUGGAUGCCGUACAUCAUCGGAGCCUUCACGGAUGGCAGUAGCUCAUACAACGGAGACGGAUCCAGAAGUUUGUGCAGCAUUCUUAAGUCUACAUCCUCUGAAUAUAAUGAUACCUCAAUAUGCGACACAUCAAUCAAGUCUCACACCCUGAUAUCAGCCAUCACCCACGGUGUACUCUUCGCAACCAUCACCCUGAUGAUAUCCAAGCUGGCUUCCAGAAAGAAGUUGCUGAUGAUCCUGUUCCUCUUCAUACCAGCUCUGUCAAGUCUUGGAGCGGUUUACAAUCAGAACAACAUGGCUAGCCUGGUGCUGUUCCUAGGAAUGACCUUCACGAAUCUUUGCAUGGGUGUACUGUUUUGCUACUAUGUGGAGGUGUACCCUACUUUUAAUAGUGGUAUGGCAGCAUGUUUGGGCGUGAUGGUGGCUCGUAUGAGCGGCCUGGCAGGAGUCUACUUCUUGGGUACCUUCGUGAUGACACACUGUACUAUGACUCUCUACACUUUCGCUGCUUAUCUGAUGAGUGGAGUCCUAGUAGCGACAUUAUUACCGCCAGAUAUUGUAACCAAACAAGUUUGA